UCGCACAAACUGAAGGUCCUUAGUUAGUUUUCCACGUGCUGGGUUAGCGGGAGUAGAAAGUUAAGUGUAGUGUACAUAUUCUAGAAUGAUGGAAACCGACUCCUUACAGACGAAUUCGGGCAAUCUUACCGGAUCCCACAACAACUUUGGAAAAAUGUUUAUUGGAGGUUUAAGCUGGCAAACAGCACCAGAGACUCUCAGAGAGUACUUUGGGAAGUACGGGGACAUCACCGAAGUAAUGGUGAUGACGGACCCAUCAACGAGAAGGUCUCGUGGCUUUGGGUUUAUCACUUUUGCAGACCCAGAUUGCGUAGAUAAAGUCUUAUCUACGGGCCCACACGAACUAGACGGCAAGAAGAUCGAUCCAAAAAUAGCCUUUCCAAAACGGGCACACCCGAAGAUGGUGACAAGAACAAAAAAGAUUUUUGUUGGUGGUCUUUCUGCACCAACCACUUUGGAAGACGUAAAAAGUUACUUUCAGCAGUACGGAAUGAUAGAAGAUGCGAUGCUGAUGUUUGACAAACAAACUAAUCGACAUAGAGGUUUUGGUUUCGUUACGUUUGCAAAUGAAGAUGUUGUGGACAAAAUCUGUGAAAUUCAUUUCCACGAAAUAAACAACAAAAUGGUUGAAUGUAAAAAAGCUCAACCAAAAGAAGUUAUGAUGCCUAGCGCUAUUGUUCGAGGAAGAGGGGCAGGCAGAGGUGUUUAUGAUCUUGUCUGGCCACUCGGAGCACUAACAGAAGAAUCUGACGUUCUGUGUACACCCUUGUCUUUCCCGGCUUACAGCUAUGGACGUACGAGUUAUCCUGGGUAUCCUGGCUUCGGUCACUUGUUUGCAGUGGAACUAAAUGGUCAGCAGACUUCAACACCGAUACUAACACAAGCACUAUCAGUGAUAAAUAACUAUGGGCCCACGAGUUUUGUUCCACCUACAUCUCCCGCUAACAACAGUCCGGGACCGAUCGACCUAUAUAGCUCUAGCCAGGAUAGUAUGGGAUACGUUCAGACAAGUAACUCCCAUUCCCAGACGUCUGUAUUUCCCCCGUUUGCUGUCAAUCGAGGACCUCUGAUUGCUGCAUCUUUUCCUAAUGGUUAUCACUGAAUGUUCGCUUUUUUGAUCCGUGACCAGCAAUAGAAAGCAGUGUUAAGUUGGAUCCUCAGGGAAACAAGAAGGACUUCAAGUUUUAACCAAUAUCUAUCCUUGGAAUGCCAAGUGUGUGUGAUAAGGCGGACCUAUGUUAGGUGGGAGAAAGUGAACAGAGUUGACUUCCAGUAAAGUGCACAUAUUGUAACGAUCUUAAAAAAACGAAAUUGGAGGUUCAUAUUUCACCUAAUCAAGAUGCUAAUAGGACGACUAUAUGUAUAUUAAAUUAUGAAAUUUUGUUAAUUUUCAUCUGAACCUGGUUUACUUUAUCGACAACUAGAAGCCUUGGAUCCAAAUGUAUACUUUUUGUGGAUUCUUUUUUAAAUGCAUGGUUAAUGCUAUAAAAAUGUGUUGUUGGGUUGACAGCCAAGAGACCUAAGAUUCAAGGUACUCGUUCACUUUAAUUGAUGCUAAUACUAUCGUCAUGGUAUACCAAUACUGUAGGCUUUUGUUCGUAAUUUGAAUUGAAAAUGUGAACGUCUUUUCUAGAUGCGUUUUUACCAUCUUUAGUAUUUCAUGUAACUGUAUUUAUUAUUUUCGUUUUUUUAACAAUGUUUCGUUUUAAAUCACCACAGGUCACUGCGAUAAUAGACACUUUGGGGGCUUCGACCAAGAUUAUUUACAUAUUUCACUUUUGUUUUUCUUUGAAUAUCUUCAUUCAAAUCAACUUUAUUGCAAGCAAACAAACAUUCUUAACAAAUUACAAACAUAAUUAAUGGAUCUUAAGAUAUUGGUUGAAUAAAACAUAUAUUUGUCGAUUCGCCCACAGAAUACUUCUCAAUGAUAGGUUUAAUUAUACGGAACGUUUAUAAAAUAUUUAGGAAUAAAGAUUGUUCAAGAUGAAUCAAAUAAGUCACAAAAACUAUAUAAAAUGAAACAACACUGAUGUGGAAUACAACUACUAAAAUCAGAAAGGAAUAGUUGACCUAGGUCUUAAGAAAACUUAAUUACGCAGACUUUUUUGACAACAUUGCGCAAUGUUAUGAUUCCCUUUUAACUUUCCACCCCAGUGGCACAGUGGCAUGUCUGCGCACUUACAACGUUAGAAACCGGGUUUCGAUACCCGUGGUGGGCAGAGCACAGAUAGCCCAUUGUAUAGCUUUGUGCUUAAUUACAAACAAACAAACCUUUUACUUAAAAUUCCAUAUCCCAAACUAAAUUUGUCUAAAAAAACGAAUACAAUAUUUAGUCAAACUAAUAAGCGAUUAAAAUGAUACCUCAAGAGGUGUAUCUCAGGAUUGAUACUACUCUACCCACCACCACAAAAAAUCUUAAACAUUAUACAGGAAUAAGUUACACCCUUGAAUACUGAGAAACAAGCUAGAAUGUGUGAAUAACAUACUUGGGUGUCUAAGAAAUACAAUAUAUUUAAUGUGUGAAUAAUAUACUUGAAUUUAUGAGAACUAUAAUAAAUAAAAUGUGUGAAUAACGUGCUUGAAUGUCUGAGAAAUAUAAUAAACAUAUGUGAAUAAUAUUUUUGAUUGUCUGAAAAAUAUAGAUAUUUAAUGUGUGAAUAACAAACAUGCUUGAAGUUUGAGAAAUAUAAUGGCUAAUAUGUGUGAAGAACAUUCUCGAAAGUCUGAAAAAUAUAAUAGUUAGAAUGUAUUAAUCGGAUAAACCUACACAUACAAACAUACAAAUUUCUUUGCAUGUUUUCUUUACAUUUUAAAAACCUUUUCAACAGCUUAUUCCUACUCAGAAAAUUUUGUUUUAUUAUAAAAUAUACGGUUAGUAUAUGCCCAACAGUAGUUUUUCAACAGCCAAUGAAAUUUUGAGUUUCACCCGUUUGCAAUGACAUCAGUAUUUCCCUUUUCACUAUGAGUUGUAAUUAACAAAUGCAGUGGGCGGAUCCAGAUUCUUGAGUUAUAAAUAAUUUUAAAACUCAAGCAAAUCUUCGAUGUGGGGGUAAGGAGAUUCAUACAAGGGAACACCUCUAUUCCACCCCUCUUUCCAGCUUACCACUGAAUUCUUUGGAAAUACUUAUGUUGUAAUAUUGUCAUUUAGGAACACAUGUGUUUUUGAACACACAUGUACAAAGUCCUGUUUUAAUUUGAUAAUAGUUUGCUAGAAUUAUGUAGUAACCCAAUUAGCAAGUUUUCAUCAAGUUAAUAGUACUUUUUGUUUCACAAAUGGAAAACGAGUUAAGCAUAUUUAUCACAAAAAGAGGAAAAGAAAACUUUUGGCUGUCGUAUUUUCUCAGCUGCAUUAUCGCAAACGUUAGAUAGGUGUGAAAUCGCGACUACCACAAUAUUAUACAAGAGGGCCAUUAGCUAUAAAAUUGGCCUCAUAUGCUAUGGUAGAGUUUCUUCUGUUAAAUUUUGACCAUCAUGAUAUUUUAUUAUGAUCAUUUCUGCACAUUUUAAUUUAUGAAUUAUGAGCGAUUUUGUUAAACCAUCAAUAAUUUUUCGCCCCUCUGAACAUUUUCCACAAAACUGCGUGAAAAGAAAAGCCUAGAUCUGUCCUUUGGUAGUGUUUCUCACAAUUUAAGCACGAAAAAACUAUAAAUGGCAAAAUUAUUUUAAUCAUUGAAAGACAUUUUGUAGAAAUUAGAGAUAUUUAACCUGAUAAGCUUUCAAACAUUAAUGAUUUAAUUUUUUAAUCUAUGAAUUUUAGAUUUUAAGUGCAAAACUGCACAUCGGAUUAUUUUAACUGUUUAAGUCCUUAAGCUUAAUGCUAAGUAACUGGAGAGCAUCUGUGAACAUAAUGAUAGCAUUGAGGUGGAGACAUUAAGUGAGGCAAGAUUUUCAAACUAUUUGUUGUUACUUUGCAGAGCUUAGUCUUCGAUAAUCAAACACACAUUCUUAUUUGAAGUAUGUUACACUGAAAUCAGCAAUAUUAUUUGUCAUGUAUUUAGUGCAUGAAAGUUUUCUAAUUUUUACUAUAACUGUUUUAUUUUACUAAAUUUUCAUACAGAGUUUGAUAUCCAUAUGUUGUUCUAGCCUUUAAUAUACAUGAAUGUAUCAUUUAGAAAGUUUAGGGCUUAGAUUGUAAUUUGCUCUAUUGGAUGGCGUCACCUGUUGAUUGUUGUCGAUUUAGAAAGAAAAUAUUAAGAAAUAACUUCUUUUAAAAUUAACUGUUAUGGUUUUUAACACCGAAAGCUGGCGAAGCAGUGGAAUCAAUAACCUUAAUAUUCGUGAUGAAAGCCAUGUUAAGUUUCAGAUUUUUCAAUUUGUUUUGUCUAUUUUCUUACGAAUUUCAAACCAGGGAUAUGUGGAAAUAACAUUUCAGAUUUUGUUUUGUUUGCCAUAAGUCAUUGCCUAAAAGGCCUUAAAAAUUGGUCAGUUGGACUGGACCAUGAUGGUGACCAAAAGUCUAUCUAAAAUGUUACUUUAUGUGCAAUACAAAAAUAUUUACUGUCGCAAUACAUACCCCGAAAUCUGGCGAUAGAAAUUACAAGAGUGUAAAUGUUUUAUUUUCUUCACAUUUCUCUUAAUUACUUCAUUGAUAAUGUUAAGUCAAAUGCACGUCAAAUUUGAAGAAAUGUGUUGAAAAUAUCAUAUAUAUAGUUUAGCGUCAUUUUUGUUAUGAAUUUACUGCAUUGCAACCAUUAUACGUUUUAGUUUCCUUAUGUGCUGAUUUAUGACAUCACUUACUUUCUGCCCGUUUGUUACAUAGACUUGGCUUUGUUCAUUUGUCAGUUACGUUUUAGUUUGGAUUUACAUUUACUUUUGAUCAAAUUUUUUAAUAAUUAGACCAACUGAUUUAGGGUCAUCUGAAAUUCACGUUUUGAGUAUUGUUACAUAAUUUGAAAUGUUAAAUGUUUUAACAGAAGGCGUUAUUUGGAUAAAUUUAGUCAAUUCAAUAACAUUUACCAUUCACAGAUGUGUUGAUAUUUAGGCUAUCAUUCACGAAGUUUUUAUCGUUUAUAGUUUGGUAGGAAAGGCGAAAACAUGUAUACAUAAACCACAUAAUGUGUGAAGUAAUCGUUGCAUUUAAAAAAUAAUAAUAAAAAGUAAGUUUUUAUCGUUUAUAGUUUGGUAGGAAAGGCGAAAACAUGUAUACAUAAACCACAUAAUGUGUGAAGUAAUCGUUGCAUUUAAAAAAUAAUAAUAAAAAGUAAUUCAUCAGUUUGUUUUUACGCGAAAAAAAGUCACUUAUUAAUUCAAUAAAUGGCUUAGUAUACGAUCUGUUAAAAAAGAUAUUCGCUCCUGCUAUAAUUUAAGAAUUUAAAGGUUUUCGAUCUAUCAAAAUAGGAAGCAAUCGUAUUAAAUUCCACAUUUGUUAAUAAAGUACCAACUGCAGACUGCGGAAUUUUUCAAAAACUUUUUGUGCAAGGGAAAUAUGCUAUAAAAUCUACUUGUUCUUUUAAAAAUCUACUUGCCUUUCCCUGUUCCACCAGACACACACACACACAAAAUAGAAUAUAAUUUUUAAGAUUUUGCUCUUAUUUAACACUGAACAAUGAAAAGUGUCAGAUUCACAAAAUACUGAAACGUGUAUUAUUUUUUGUUAUAUUCUCCAUCUGUUGCCUCAUGUUAAAUUUAUUUAAAGUAUAAAAUAGAUAAACAGGAUGAAUGUGAGUGUUAAUAAUCAUAUUUGAAUUAUAUAUAUAGAUAUAUAUGAAGAGCUUAUAAACAAAACGUUGUAUAAACAAUUUUGCCAUUCUGAGAAAAUCAGUUUUUUUCAGCUUUAAAAAAUACUGUGAAGUAGAAAUGAGGUAUUUAUUAAAUGAAACUAUUAGAAGUUGUUAUAUAAAAAGUAACCUUAUUAUUUAUAAAUUUAAAAACAAUUAUUUUUGGUCGAAGUACUUUUAUAUUGAUAAGUCUCUUUUAGUCAAAAUGCUGCACAUCCAUCAGUACAAUACCACUGGAAACCCAGUUUUGUUGGAAAUGGGGUAUGCCGUGUUUUGAAUCUAAGCUCUUCAUACAUGUAAAUAUAUUCGUUCAUGUAUUUCUAUGGUUUUAUCUCCCAAUCGCUAGGAUUUUACAAUGCUGGUUUUAUCUCCUAAUCGUUAGGAUUUUACAGUACAGUAUGUAGAAUAUCUUCCGCACGAACUGAUACAGAAAUCAUGGUUUACAUUAAUACUGCCAUGUAAUGUUAUUUAAUUUACAUAUAACAGUUUAAAGCUUUUUGUAAUUUUUAUUAUAUUACAUGUUCUUCCUGGAACUGAUUAGUAAAUUUUUAUUAUGCCCUUAGUGUAGAAAAAAGCAAUGUACUAAUACUUUUGCGUUAAUUUCAAUAUGUUUGUUACCGUGUGUGUGAGUUAGAGUUUAUAAAUUAAAAGGAUACGUAUAUUUGUGUAUAUAGUUUCGGCUAGAGGUUCAGGGGUACGUUCUUUUAAGUAUUUCUCUGUAUGUGCUACACUUGGAAAGUUCAGAAUGUUCAGGAACUUGCGUAGCUCCCUAGAAAUCUACACGAGUUGGUUUUAUAGCAAUAGAACGAAUUAUGCGAAAAAUAAAAAUACUAUUUGUCCAUUGGGUAAAGUAUAGAAAUAAAACUUGGUGACAUGAAUUCCACACCCUUGAACUGGUGGCAAUAUCUUCGUACAAAACUGAUUUGGUAUGUUUAUAUAUAUGUAUCUGAAGGUUCAAAUACUGAGAUUUAUCUAGUGAUGUUUGCUCUUAAUUAUAAAAUUAUGAAUGUAUGUAGAGAGUAGUUUGUUUUUAUUGAACUUGUACGUUUUUAUAUGUUUCAUUACUUGUUACCAAACAGAAGAUAAGCAGAUUGUGCUAUUAUUGAUAAUACUGUUUCUCCUACUAAAGGGUAACCAGAUCAGACCAAACAUCUGGUAAUACACCUUUAACAUGAUCAUGUCAAAUACUGAUUUGUCUUUCACGACACCAGGUUUGUAUGUUUUAUAAGCACUUCAAAAUACUUCAAAGAACCUAAUAAGAAUCUGUAAUGAGAACCAAAUCGUUGCACAGGUUUAAUCACUCUUCCAGGGUUAACAUUUGUCACUCAGUUUUUGUAUUAUAUGUUUUUGUAUGAGGAUUGAGACUUUUUUUAAAUGACUUGAUGAAGUUUGAUUCUAAUAAGAAGAUAGUUAUCGUUUCAAAUACGGUAUUUUAAAAAGAGACAUAAAUAACACAAUUAUACGAGAGCGUCGUAUCUAACCAUGUAUAAGGAAUUGAAUUUGUAUAUUCAUAAGAUACGUACACUGUUUGUUUUGUUUUAUUAGUAGUAUUGUUUAACAUGUAAUACCGUUGUUUAUAUAUAUGUUUGAACUGAAGCUUGGAUUCUUCUUCCUCUAUGUUUUCUGUCUUGUCUACUGCUCUUCGAAUUGAUUUAUGUUCACAUUGAAGAACGUUGAAAUGCAACUUCGAAUUGGGGCAGCUUUCUACGUAAUGCCCCAGUAAGGAGAUUAUAAGUGUCUCGAUCACUCGAUGUCUUUAGAAUAUUAAUUAUGGAAUAAUUUCUAACUGAAAUGGUCAGUAAGGACAAAUGUGUGCUUCUGUUGUCGCGGAUUUGAGAAUAUCGCAAAGCCCUAACGUUUCAUUAAAAACGACAGCAACAUUCUAAAUUAACUAAUAAGCUAACCUCAGCAGAUAAAGGAUAAAUCACGUGCAAACACUUCAAUCGUGGCUUUGUUGAUGGGCGAAAACAACAAUAGUUACUUUGCAUUAACAUAUUUUUUUUCAAAUUACAAGUUGCAGAAUCACCAGAUUUGUUCUUUACAAAAGCAAGGAUAUCCAUCAUUUUAAAUAUUUUGUCUGUGAUCUCUGCAUCAAAAUACACUUAAUAUGUUCUUUAUGGUAUAUUUCUUGAGAAAUAUUUGGCAUAUUUACAUUCUUAAAUUAGUUCUUCCUUAUUUUGUAUUGUUUGCCAUGAGAUGGCGAUUUAUUAUCCCACCUAGUUAAAAUGAUAAGGGGAAUUUAAAAGUACGGACUUAACCUGAGAAAAUUACUGUUCAUAUGAGGCAAUGUAGGAAAUGUUUUUAGAUGGACCAUUUCAUGCGUCCUAUAUGUACCAUUAAGUGUUACUCUUUUAUUGUGUGUGGGGAGGGAGGUUGAAAAAGUUCGUAAAUUGUUCAGUUAUUUUAACGCGCUUGCGCCCCAAGUUUUAAUAUAAAAUAAUAGCAUAGAAAAAUAAUUGAACUUCAUUAUUGUUGAUUCAAUAUUUUACAAAUGUAUUAUCCUUAAAUACUGUAUUUUUUAUGGAUAUAAACACUCAUAAAAAUUAUCUCAAAAUAACUCGCACCAAAUAGAAUAACUUGACACUUGAGCGACAUGGAAAACUGUAAUGUUUGUUAAAAUCAUUCUUUACGCGUAUAAACACUAUUCAGAGGAUUGCGGUAAUGAGGACACCAGUAUUAAUAAUCCACAUUACCCUAGCCCGACAAAUUUCAUUCACAGUUUGUAACUUGUCAUAUAUUCAAUUACAAUGUUAAUUUUAAUAUGCAUAUAAUCUUUCACAGUUCUGUUGUGAUAUAAGAAAUGAUACUUUAGGGAGUUGUGGGAUAGCGUAAAAUAUCAUUAGUAAAUAUUAUCCACUGUUCUUAAGCGUAGGAGCUUAAAAUAUUUUAAACUCGUUUAUGUAAUAGCCAUCUCUUGACAGGUUUAGCUUAUAUUUAAAUGUACUGAAAUUAUAUGACCACAUAAGGUGCAUGAAGUGUUGAUAGAUAUAUAAUCAGAUUAGUUAAGAACCAUUUGCAACAAUCAACUUCGAAAAAAAGCAAGUACCGUUUUCACUAGCACAAUUCUGCUCCAAUUCUUUAAUCAUAAGCUUGAACGUUUGUGUGGUUAAAUUAAGAAGAGUGAUUUUUGCGUGUAAGUACUUUGUUUUGUCCGUGAUGUUGCAUCUUUUUGUUCGUAAUAUUGUUUUUGGAUGAUUUUAUUUAAAAAGUCACUUGAUUGUGCUAGUAUAAUGUGUUAUGUAGCCUUCGUGUGGUAGCCUGUUAAUCACUAGAUUGUGCUAGUAUAAUGUGUUAUGUAGCCUUCGUGUGGUAGCCUGUUAAUCACUAGAUUGUGCUAGUAUAAUGUGUUAUGUAGCCUUCGUGUGGUAGCCUGUUAAUCACUAGAUUGUGCUAGUAUAAUGUGUUAUGUAGCCUUUGUGUGGUAGCCUGUUAAUUAAUCUUUAAUUAAUAUUAUUAGAUUUUCUGUUGCCCUACCGGGCCGAAUCUGCAGUUUUUUGUUUGUUUUUAUAAAUCAUUAGUUACAAGUAAGUUUAUGUGAAACUACUCAUCAACUCAAUUUCUAGAAAUUGAUAACAAAACAUUUUCACACAACUACAGUUUUGGACUGGUCCAGAGUAACUUACAAUUAUGCUCAUUGUCGUGAAACUUGGAUAAUGGCUUCUGAAUCAACUAAACACUGGUAAAGCGCGUUGGAUAGAUACAAGGAUAAUUCAUUUCACGGCGGCAGUUGCUUUAAACUUUAAUAAAUAGAAUAAUAACAAUAAAUAAUAUAAGUUUUGUUUGUAACAUCAUAAUGUGUUUAAGAGCCCAUUUAUCCCACACUGUAUUGCUAUAUGAAUGUCUUCACCAUAUGCCUAAACGAUAGCGUAUUAAAAUAUAAUUUAUGUUGUUUUUAGAGAUAAUACUUAUAAAGUACGGAACAAUAUAUUUCAUAUGUUUAUUAAACAUGUAAUAUUUACAAUGUUUAUUAAACAUGCAAUAACACAAAUAAAAAAUAUCUUAUGUAGGUUUAUUUUUUAUCCAUCAGAAACAAAUUUUGAUGAUGAGAUUUGGUUGUAUAUGGCACAUUUAACUUAACAUCGACCACAUAUUAAAGUUGUGUAUUGUCAUUUUUAAGUGUUAAUGUGUUUUCAUGUUCUUUAAUGUUAAUUUAGGAAAUCCUCUUCUAGAGUUUUGUUUUCCCUUUGUUUACAUCUACGUUUGGAAUAAAAAUGUAUUUGGAAACACCCUUUGAGUAAUUUUCUUGUAAGUGAAGUUUGAGAGGCUUCGAAACUGCCUCAUCUAACUUCUCUUGUAAGGUUAUAUUCUAGAACGAUAAAAUAUUGUAUAUUUCUCUAAAUUUUUGUGGAUGAUUUACUGAAUAAAAAUGUAAUGUUUAAAAUCUUA